UUUGUGCGGGCGGUUGGGUCGGGUGGGGGCGGCGGCCGCGGAAGGCCAGGCCGGUGCCCUGCGGGGACGCCCAGCGCAGCCCAGCCCCGCGCAGCCCAGCCCUGCCCUGCCCUGCCCUGCCCUGCCCUGCGCCCGGGGCGCGCCCACCGCGCCGCAUCCAUGUUCGAUGUUACAUGAGUGCCUACCCUGCAUCCUGUCCCACAUUGUGCUGGGGACAGAGCAGUGACCCACAGACCCGUGAAGGACUUGGACCUGUCAUCAGACAGUGACGGCCCAGAGUAGUCCAGGAUGGGAGCUGCCCAGGGGACUGUGGGGUCACGCAUGAGCCAAAGUCCUGAAGGACAAAUAAGGAUUUGCUAGGCAAAGAAGAACUACGAUCUGGACAGACAGAAUGGCAUAUGUUAAGGCUUGGAGCACCACACCCCACUCUGGCCGGAGCACGCCAAGCAGCUCCCCAUCGCUCCGGAAACGGCUGCAGCUCCUGCCCCCAAGCCGGCCCCCACCUGACCCAGAACCAGGCACCAUGGUGGAGAAGGGAUCAGAUAGCUCCUCAGAGAAGGGUGGGGUGCCUGGGACCCCCAGCACCCAGAGCCUAGGCAGCCGGAACUUCAUCCGCAACAGCAAGAAGAUGCAGAGCUGGUACAGUAUGCUGAGCCCCACUUAUAAGCAGCGUAAUGAGGACUUCCGGAAACUGUUCAGCAAACUCCCCGAAGCAGAACGCCUCAUUGUGGAUUACUCCUGCGCCCUGCAGCGUGAGAUCCUGCUCCAGGGCCGCCUCUACCUCUCCGAGAACUGGAUCUGCUUCUACAGCAACAUCUUCCGCUGGGAGACCACGAUCUCCAUCCAGCUGAAGGAAGUGACAUGUCUGAAGAAGGAAAAGACGGCCAAGCUGAUCCCCAACGCCAUCCAGAUCUGCACGGAGAGCGAGAAGCAUUUCUUCACUUCCUUUGGGGCCCGUGACCGCUGCUUCCUCCUCAUCUUCCGCCUCUGGCAGAAUGCACUGCUUGAAAAGACGCUGAGUCCCCGCGAGCUCUGGCACCUGGUGCAUCAGUGCUACGGCUCAGAGCUGGGCCUCACCAGUGAGGAUGAGGACUAUGUCUCCCCCUUGCAGCUGAACGGUCUGGGGACCCCCAAGGAAGUGGGAGAUGUGAUCGCCCUGAGCGACAUCACCUCCUCGGGGGCAGCUGACCGCAGCCAGGAGCCAAGCCCAGUGGGUUCGCGCCGUGGCCGUGUCACGCCCAACCUUUCCCGAGCCAGCAGCGACGCAGACCAUGGGGCAGAGGAGGACAAGGAGGAGCAGGUAGACAGCCAGCCAGACGCCUCCUCCAGCCAGACAGUGACCCCGGUGGCUGAACCCCCGAGCACAGAGCCCACCCAGCCUGACGGGCCCACCACCCUGGGCCCCUUGGAUCUGCUGCCCAGUGAGGAGCUAUUGACAGACACAAGUAACUCCUCUUCAUCCACUGGGGAGGAAGCGGACUUGGCUGCCCUGCUUCCCGACCUCUCCGGCCGCCUCCUCAUCAACUCUGUCUUCCAUGUGGGCGCCGAGCGGCUCCAGCAGAUGCUCUUCUCGGACUCGCCCUUCCUCCAGGGCUUCCUACAGCAGUGCAAGUUCACAGACGUGACCCUGAGCCCCUGGAGUGGGGACAGCAAGUGCCACCAGCGCCGGGUGCUGACGUACACCAUCCCCAUCAGCAACCCACUGGGCCCCAAGAGCGCCUCUGUGGUGGAGACACAGACGCUGUUCCGGCGCGGCCCCCAGGCCGGCGGGUGUGUGGUGGACUCCGAGGUGCUGACGCAGGGCAUCCCCUACCAGGACUACUUCUACACUGCCCACCGCUACUGCAUCCUGGGUCUGGCCCGGAACAAGGCGCGGCUCCGAGUGUCCUCUGAGAUCCGCUACCGAAAGCAGCCGUGGAGCCUGGUGAAGUCGCUCAUUGAGAAGAACUCGUGGAGCGGCAUUGAAGACUAUUUCCACCAUCUGGAGCGAGAGCUCGCCAAGGCUGAGAAGCUGUCUCUGGAGGAAGGCGGGAAGGAUGCCCGGGGCUUGCUAUCCGGCCUGCGGCGGCGGAAGCGGCCCCUGAGCUGGCGGGCUCACGGGGACGGGCCCCAGCACCCAGAUCCUGACCCCUGUGCCCGGGCUGGCAUGCACACCUCGGGCUCCCUCAGCUCCCGCUUCUCCGAACCGUCUGUGGACCAGGGCCCCGGGGCAGGCAUCCCCAGUGCCCUGGUUCUCAUCAGCAUUGUCCUUAUCAUCCUCAUCGCCCUCAACGUCCUGCUCUUCUACCGCCUCUGGUCCCUGGAAAGGACAGCCCACACCUUUGAGUCCUGGCACAGCCUGGCCCUGGCCAAGGGCAAGUUCCCCCAGACGGCCACAGAGUGGGCCGAGAUCCUGGCGCUGCAGAAGCAAUUCCACAGCGUGGAGGUGCACAAGUGGAGGCAGAUCCUGCGGGCCUCCGUGGAGCUCCUGGAUGAGAUGAAGUUCUCGCUGGAGAAGCUGCACCAAGGCAUCACAGUCUCAGACCCUCCCUUUGACACCCAGCCCCGGCCCGAUGACAGCUUUUCCUGAGGACCCCGGCCACGCAGCUGUUCCCCCACAUGGACAGAUGGACACACAGAGCCUCGGCGGCCACUGCUGGCACGGUGUGAGCGCCAGGCAUCUCCCACCCGCCCCUCCCGACGGCCCAACCAGGGGCUGUGCAGACGUGGGGACCACGGAACCGAGAUGCACUUUAGCCCAGGGAGCUGGCCUGGCCUCUGGCAGGCCCCCCACUAACUUAUUUUGCCCGGCUGAGGUUGUGGGGGGCGCCUCCUGGGGUGCACGAUUCCCUCAGCUCUGGGUUUAAUGUAUUAUAUUUAUUUGGGGCCGACAGUGCCCCAAUAAAGGGUCAGAAGUG